AUAUGCGUGUUAGUGAAUGUGAGUACGGGGAAGCAGCGGCCGCCAUUUCAGGGAGUCUGCGGACGCUGUCGCAGGGUUGGAUCCUGAGCUGCCGAAGUCUCCGUCCUGCACUCCCGCGCGGCUUCCCUAAUCCCAUUGUUUCUUUUAGAUUCGCUCGGGCCUAUCCGCCCUCGGAGCCCGAAAUCCGGGCUGGGCAUACCGCGGCCCGGGCCUAGAGACUUAACUGUAGCAACAGCGGCGGCAGCAGCCCUCCUCUCCGAGCACGAGCACCGCAGGGGCCCAGAAGCCCGCGCAGGCGUUUAGAGAAAAAUGGCAGACGAUAUUGAUAUUGAAGCAAUGCUUGAGGCUCCUUACAAGAAGACUUGCCUAACGAUAUCUCACCUCUACUCCCAUGAAUUCACCUUUGAUUCCAGUGUGAACUGUCAAUCAUAAGGAUGAGAACAAGUUGAGCAGUGCUAAUGGCCAUGAAGAACGUAGCAAAAAAGUACUUUGCAUUUAAAAUUUAGAUCUUCUUACAUGGAAGAGGUCAAAUCCAGUUAUAGCAAAACACCUUUACAGCAGAGGCCAUAUAACCAAAAAGUCCAAAGGCCCAGCCCAGUGGACCAUUUACUUCAAUGAUGUUCAGUACAAAAUUCCACUGCCACUAAAGACUUUGGAAAGUCCCAUUAAGUUGUAACAGGAUUUGACUAUUAGUAUGGAUUUUUAUAACCCUUCUUUAGUUAACUUUGUUCUUUGAAGCUGCAAUCCGUUAUAGAGAAGUAUACUGCUUUCUUGCACCCUUAAGUUUCUGUCUGGGCUUUUAUGCAGAGAAUUAUAUAUUCUGAAUGUCUUAAUCAGGUUGCUGUCUAUUUACCUGUCUGGGGUUGCCUUCAGAUGUGGAUGGGGACUCAUUAAAAGUCCUAGGAAGACCUUAAGUUGAAAUUAAUUCUCCAAUAUUUGAGUGUUUCCUUUGGUAAAAUAAGUUUUAGGUCUUAAAAGAGGUAAAUAGGUUUGGUGCCUCUCUACUAUGGGCUACAUAUGAGCAGAGCAAAAACUUUGUCUUAUUUGUGGAAGAUUGAGUUACUUUUUACUUUGUCCUCUAAUUGAUUAUAUUUAGGACUUAACAGCUAUUGCACAGACUUAUUUAAUAGAUAGUGUCAGGUUUUUCAGGCAACAAAGUUGGAAUGUUACCUUUUGCCCUUCUGGGCGUUGCUUUGAUGACCUCUAUAUAAAUAAUGAGUGUAGCCUAAUUUUCUGUCAUGUGCUACCUAGCAUAUACAUUUCUGACAGUCAGGUGGAUUAUCUUGAAAUUUUAGACAAAAGUUUCUGCCUCCUUGGAAAGCUCUACAUCUCCUUGUGAUUGGAGUGUGGGUUUCAAGAUUCCAGAAGGAGGAAAAAAAGCAAGAGCAGAAGUCGUAGUCAUGAACGAAAAAGAAGCAAAAGUAAGGAACGGAAGCGAAGCAGAGAUAGAGAAAGGAAAAAGAGCAAAAGCCGUGAAAGGAAGCGAAGUAGAAGCAAAGAAAGGAGACGGAGCCGCUCAAGAAGUCGAGAUCGCAGAUUCAGAGGCCGCUACAGAAGUCCUUACAGACGACGUUCCCGAAGCAAAAGUCCAUUCAGAAAAGACAAGAGCCCCGUGAGGGAACCUAUUGAUAAUCUAACUCCUGAGGAAAGAGAUGCAAGGACGGUUUUCUGCAUGCAGCUAGCAGCAAGAAUUCGGCCAAGGGAUCUGGAAGAGUUUUUUUCUACAGUAGGAAAGGUUCGAGAUGUGAGGAUGAUUUCUGAUAGAAAUUCAAGACGGUCCAAGGGAAUUGCUUAUGUGGAGUUUGUUGAUGUUAGCUCAGUGCCUCUAGCAAUAGGAUUAACUGGCCAACGUGUUUUAGGAGUGCCAAUCAUAGUACAGGCAUCACAGGCAGAAAAAAACAGAGCUGCAGCAAUGGCAAACAAUCUACAAAAGGGAAGUGCUGGACCGAUGAGGCUUUAUGUGGGCUCAUUACACUUUAACAUAACUGAAGAUAUGCUGCGGGGGAUCUUUGAGCCUUUUGGAAGGAUUGAAAGUAUCCAGCUCAUGAUGGAUAGUGAAACAGGUCGAUCCAAGGGAUAUGGAUUUAUUACGUUUUCCGAUUCAGAAUGUGCCAAGAAGGCUUUGGAACAACUUAAUGGAUUUGAGCUAGCAGGAAGGCCAAUGAAAGUUGGUCAUGUUACUGAACGAACUGAUGCUUCCAGCGCUAGCUCCUUUUUGGACAGUGAUGAACUGGAAAGGACUGGAAUUGAUUUGGGAACAACUGGUCGUCUUCAAUUAAUGGCAAGACUUGCAGAGGGUACAGGUUUGCAGAUCCCACCAGCAGCACAGCAAGCUCUACAAAUGAGUGGCUCCUUGGCAUUUGGUGCUGUGGCAGAAUUCUCUUUUGUUAUAGAUUUGCAAACAAGACUUUCCCAACAGACUGAAGCUUCAGCUUUAGCUGCAGCUGCCUCUGUUCAACCUCUUGCAACACAGUGUUUUCAACUCUCUAACAUGUUUAACCCUCAAACAGAAGAAGAAGUUGGAUGGGAUACAGAGAUUAAGGAUGAUGUGAUUGAAGAAUGUAAUAAACAUGGAGGAGUUAUUCAUAUUUAUGUUGACAAAAAUUCAGCUCAGGGCAACGUGUAUGUGAAGUGCCCAUCAAUUGCUGCAGCCAUUGCUGCUGUAAAUGCUUUGCAUGGCAGGUGGUUUGCUGGUAAAAUGAUAACAGCAGCGUAUGUACCUCUUCCAACUUAUCACAACCUCUUUCCUGAUUCUAUGACAGCAACACAACUACUGGUCCCAAGUAGACGAUGAAGGAAGAUAUAGUCUCUUAUGUACAUAGCUCUUUUUCUUUUGAGAAUUCAUCUUGAGUUAUCUUUUAUUUAGAUAAAAUAAAGAGGCAAGGGUCUACUGUCAUUUGUAUACAAUUCCUGUUACCGUGAAAAAAUAAAAAUGUUAACAGGAAUGCAGUGUGCUCGUUCUCCCUAUAUAGCAAAUCCCACUGUAUACAAAACUGUUCUCUUGUUCUGCCUUUUAUAUGUACAUGUAGAAAAUUACAUUAAGGAUCUAUAGAAAUAGCUCUAGGGGAACAAAUGUGCUUAAUGUAAAAAGGCAGACAGGGAUAUAAUGUUUUUAAUGUUUCAUUUCAGAAGCCUAACUUUUUACACAACAGUUACAUUUCACAUUUUCACUAAUGUUGAUAUGGCUAAUGGCUUAGCAGAGGUUUCUGAAAUACACAUUUAGUGUAUGGAAAUUCAAGACAGCUAAAGGGCUGUUUGAUUAACAUCUCAUCUUGCACUCUGAUCAGUUAGCAAGAAAAGAUUUCAAAAUUACAUUUCUGAAUGGUAUCUUUUCAAUUAAUGUACCUGUAAAAGUUUCUCUGUAAAUAUGUGUUCUAGUGUGUCUAAGAUUCCAAACAAAAUGAUCCCUGCAUUUCCUCAAGAUGUUUAGUGAGUCUGGUAAGCAAAACAGUCUGAGCAAGAAAUGGGAAAUGCAGAAAUAGGUUUUGUCUGGUUGCAUAUAAUCUUUGCUCUUUUUAAGCUCUGUGAGCUCUGAAAUAUAUUUUUGGGUUACUUCAGUGUGUUUGACAAGACAGCUUGAUAUUUCUAUCAAACAAAUGACUUUCAUAUUGCAACAAUCUUUGUAAGAACCACUCAAAUAAAAUUCUCUUAAAAAGGCCACAAGAAAUCUUCAUUUUUGAAAUGUUUUGAAGUCAUAGAAACAUGAAAAUAGAAUAUUAGUUUCUUUGACUUUUAGUAGUUAUUAGGUAUUUGCCUCUUUGGAACAAUUAUUAGCAGUCUGGAUAAAUUCUUGCCCUCAAGGUGUCUAUACAUUCCUGUAUAUCAUUCUCUUGGCAUUGUACCUAUUUAGGGUAAUGUAUUAAAACUGAUUUACAAAAAAGGAAACAAAACAUUCAUCCAGGCUUUAAACUUGGGCGUUAAGUUUCCUGUGUUGUCUGGACAUCCUUGUGGGGGAAAAAAAAUGCUUUACUAUUUGAAGUAAAUACUGAACAAAAAUGGAAUGAGUUCAAACUGACUUCCCAAGUUUAAUGCAUUUACCUUAUUAUGGAAUUUUGAGCUUUAACUUGGGUAGUGAGCCAUCACCAUUUAUACUCUGAACUCUGCUUCAAGUUGUGUGUAGGUUGAACCUUUGGAUGGGUAAUGUUGAUUCUAAUGGAAUAAUUAUCAUCUAAUACUGAUUUUCUUACCUCAUUUCUGUUUCUGCUACAUUGAUUUGUUAGCAUUGAGGCACAGGCUUUACACUAUAUUUACUUAGAUACCAAGUUACCUAAUCAAUUUUGAGUAUGGAGCCAUCACAAUUUUCUACCAACCCUUUUGGAUGAGUAGUCCAAAAUUGAUUUAGUUAUUCAACCUGAAGUUUCAAGAUUAAUAUUGAUUUUUUUUUUAAACACAGCAGUGUUUCUUGGGGCUAACUUGUUUUUCUUUUCUUUCCAAAGGAGCUAUAAUUUUUAAAUUAUUGAAUCAAGUCCUGGUUCUGUCAGGUUUCCUCAUUCCAGCAAAGAUAGCCAUGGUUUAAUAAAGGGAGCAAAAUUUAGCUCUACACAGAAUGGAAUUUGGGUUGUAAAUGAUGUUCAAAGCAAAUAUAUACGAGUUUGGCAAUUUGAAUAGUGUAAUACAUAGAAAGUAAUGCAAAUUGCCAUUUUGAGUGAAAUCCUUUAGGUAGUCAUCUCAUCUACUCUGGAAAAUCUGUAACUGCUAUUUGUACUGUGGUAGUAACCCUGAUUUUGGCUGAAUCUGAGAGUCCUAUGUCCACAAAAUAUUAGAUAAGUCUAGUUUCUUGAAAACAUUCCCAUUUACUACGAACCUACUUUCAAGGCAAUUACAGCUGAACCGGUUCUCCAACUUAAUUUGUUCUGGAAGAGUUAGAAAACUAAAGCAUUUUUCCCCCAUUAGAAAUAAUGUAAACAAUUCAUUCCAGACUCAAAUGAUUCUGUUUUAAACUUUAAAAAAUCUUUAUUGAUUUUUAGAGGGGGGUGGGAGAGAGAAUCAUCCAUUUGAGAGAAGGGAAACAUCAAUUGACUGCCUUCAUUGGACCGGUGAUCAAACUCACAACAUGGGUGUAUGCCCUGACAAAUAGAACCUGCACACUCCAUCUGAGCUACACUGGCCAGGGCAUAACUUUUCUUAUAUACAGUACAUGUCUAUAAUGUACUGUUUAGACACUUUAAAGACAAAGACAUAAAAUGUAAGUUUACAAAAAGGAAAUGUACAG